CUUUCGAAAACAAUUGUGUAAAACCAUUUCAAAGUGAAGCUAAACCAAAAUUAAAAAUGCAUCCAUGUCUGAAUAAGAAAAUAAAAAAUUCAGAAAAGCAAAUAAUAGCAAUGAGAAAUUUUCAUUGCUUCCUAUACCGUAUUAGUUAACGACAAAUAUUGUGAAUAGAAAUCAAUGUAGAAAUAUUCGAGCAAUAAAUUCAAAAAUUGUUGGUAGUUCUAAGUAACAAAAUCUACCAUUGAAAUUAAAGAACCAUAAGCAGCGACAAAAGAAUAGGGUCAAAUAUUUCAAUAUACAUACAUACACAUAAGUGAUAAAAAUGAGUGAUAAUAAUUAUGCGGGAGAAACGGCUCCCACUAUGUUGACGUCGUCUGAAGCGACUCCACCUGCUGACGGUGCUGCACUAUUAGAAACGAAAACCAUGCCUGUUCAAUCGAAAUCGGUAGUACCGCCUUCACAAGCCACAACUGCAGCAUCUCUAUCAUCAACACCAGCCUCAUCUAUUGCAGGUGGACCCACAAGCCGUUUGCGUGCGCCGACUAAUUAUGGUGGCGAUACAGCGGGCAGUGUUGCAAAAAUUGGCCGUCUGUGCUCGCAUGCUAUCCCGAAGGCCGGACCUCCACCACGAGAUUUAAAAAGCAUGAGUCGUGACAGCGAUGACACUUUGAGCUCCAUUAAUUCAACGUACACAGAUCUGUACCAAGAGACUGUGAAGCGUUUUACACGCUCCUCACUUUCGCCUGAAAUGAACCACUACUCAUCAUCACGUAAUUCAACCAAAUCGACAACGACAUCCCAGAUAUCCGGGGAUGGAGAUCGCCGCACCUCUUUCAAUUUGUAUCUUGAAGCCACAGGUCGCCGUCGCAGUUCAGAUCAUGGUGCCGUUCUCACACACGAUACAGAACAGUUUAUAAUUGGUCAAAAAGUAUGGGUUGGCGGUAUACGUCCCGGCCAGAUUGCCUACAUUGGUGAGACUCAUUUUGCCCCCGGUGAUUGGGCUGGUAUUGUGCUGGAUGAACCAAAUGGUAAAAACGAUGGUUGUGUCGCUGGCAAACGUUAUUUCCAGUGCGAACCAAGGCGUGGUAUCUUCUCGCGGCUCACGCGUCUCACAUUGGCUCCGUUUUCGGGUGCACAGACACCGACUUCGCCGCUAGCUAAAAUGUCGCCAGAUCGCUCACGCACAGUGUCACCAACUGCGAGCAUACGCAGCUCAUUCCUACGCAGUUCAGGAAAAAAUGGUUUGACAGUUGGAGAUCGCAUUAUUGUAUCGUCUGGCUUCGGUAGUCGUCCUGGUAUUUUACGCUAUUUGGGGGAAACACAGUUCGCAUCGGGCAAUUGGUGUGGCGUCGAAUUAGACGAGCCUUCUGGCAAAAACGAUGGCUCUGUGGAUGGCGUAAAAUAUUUUGAAUGCAAACCGAAAUACGGCGUUUUCGUGCCGAUCGCGAAAGUCUCACUUUCACCUUCGUCAAAGAAGUCCCGUCUUUCCAGAACCGGCUCUCGAGAAUCUCUCAACUCCAUUGGCACAAUGAACAGCAUUGCCACAACGAAUACAUCACGCUUGCGCAUGAAUGCCCAGCGCAAAUCUUUGUCAAUCAAGCCGAUCGUUGCCACACCAAAAUCGCAAUAUUCCAUGCAGGAUUUACUGCACGAGAAACAGAAACACAUUGAGCAGUUGAUGAUAGAGCGGGAGCUGGACCGUGAGGACUGCCAGAACCAAGCGCUACAGUACCAAAAGAAUAUAAACGAGCUGAAAUCACGAAUAGUUCAAUUGGAGCGCUCUCUGGACGAUGAACGUAAGAAAUCAGAGGAUUUACAAUUUUCAAUUGAUGAGGCCACGUACUGUGGCAACGAUGUCCAAGCAAAUGUAUAUAAGGAAAAAAUUCAAGCAUUAGAGAAAAAGUUAUCUGAUCUUUCAAUAGGCACCACUAAAUCUGACCUGUCCGCAGAAGACGCCUCUGCUGCUAAUUCUGCGACAGCGGAUGCGGCCACUGCUAAAAUUUCCGAACUUACCUUACAAUUAGAAAAACAAAAAGAUGAAUAUGAAGUCCGACUUAUUGCCAUUGAGGAUGAACAAAAGCGCUUGCAGGAGAACAUAGGAUAUCUGCGAAACGAAAACGAUACAUUGCAAAAGGAGCUACUGGAGAAGGAUGAAAGUCUGGAGAAAUUCUCGCUAUCAGCGUGUGGCAUUCAGAACCUGCGGCAUGAGCUGGAUCUGCUCAAAGAAGAAGCCGAGAAGGAGCGCCAACAAUUGCAAGUUGAUUUUGUUGUUAAACUGGAGGAGAAAGACGUGUUGUUAAACACAAUUAGCGCUGAGCUCACAGCCCAGAAAAACAUCCUUAUAACGUUAGAAAGCGAACGGUCCAAUACCGAAGAUGAGUGUCAGAUCUUACGAAACGAGUUGCAAGCCCGUGAUGCACAAUUGCAUGAUGUUAACGAACAGCUGUCGAAGUUAAAAGCGGAGUUCAGUAUGCAAAAGGCAGAGAAUGCCACACUGGAAGAACUGUUGAAGAACCAGCAAGCGCGUACGAUACAGGCGAAGACGCAGCUGGAGGAAAAAUUACUAGAAAUAAAGAAAUUGGAAGAAGAUGUGGUUAGUUUGCAAAUAGUUAAGGAGCAAUCGGAAAUGCAACUGAAAAGUACUAAAGAAGAGGUGAAGCAUUUAGCUGAGUUGCAGCAGAGCCUCGAAGAAAAGUUGAAGGCUGCAACCACUGCAGAUCAGGAUAAGAUAGUGGCCAUGAUGCAAUUGGGCAUGGUUAUGGAAGAGUUGAAAAAACAAAUUAGUGACGUUACAGUAGAAAAUGAGAAUCUUAAAUCCGAAUUAAAAAAACAACAGGAAGCCAACGCCGUUACGAGUUCUACAGAAGCAGAGCUUCGAAGGAUUCUUAAAGAUACGGAUCAGGAGUAUAAAGAAAAACUUGCAGAAUAUGAAAAAUCGAAUUUGAAUCUGGAGGAGAAGCUAAAAAGUGAGACAAAUAAAUCCCACGAAAGUUUAAAUAAAAAAAUGCAAGAAAUCGAGACUCUCAACAAUGAAAUUAGCCAACUUCUGCAGCGAAUUAAAACUUUAGAAUGCGAUUCGUCGGCAAGUGUGCAACAACUUAAUUCCAGACUCAACAAAUUCGAGUUAGAAGCAAAAAAACUUAAAGAAGACGUAAAAUCUGCGGAAAAUGCUCUGAAAGAAAAGGCAGAUGCGUACACUCAGCUAGAGCGUUUUCUGGCUGAGAAAGUGGAUACUUUAAACUCAAACAUAACUGCCUUGGACACUACAAAUAAUCUGGUAAAUAAAUUGAAGCAAGAACUUGACACAACGUUAGCCAAAUGUUCCGAGUUGGAGGCCACUAACAACGCACAACGAGAGCAAUGCAGUCAGCAACAACUUGAAAUCGGCGAUUUGACACGCAAAUUAGAUAGUUUAAAUAUCAAAUGUGAUAGUCUGAAAACACAAAAUGAGGCAUUGGAGAACGACGUAGCAUCAGCGCAUUCGAAUUUCACUGAACUGCAGUCUGAAGUUCGUAAGCUUAAUGAAGAACUCGCCACACGCCAAAGGCAUUUACUCGAAAUGCAAACGAACAACAACGACGAACGACUUAAGUUAGAAAGCCAGAUAGAAGAGAUCGGUCAGAAAUUGGCUAAUGCAUCGAAGGAGUUGGAGCAGGAGCAUGCCAACACUGAACGCGCUCGCAACGAAAUAUCGACAAAGACCAAACAGUUGACUGUACUCGAGGAGAAGACCAUUAAGCUGGAGCUGGCACUCAGUGAUGGGCGAAGACAACAUGAGAAUUUACAAACCAAAUAUGAAUCGUUGGCCGCACAAAAUAAGACAUUAGAAGAAUAUUUGAACACGCUUCGUACUACAUCUAUCGACUCGAAUUCUGAGCUUCUAAAGAUAUCACAACAAGUCGCAGCGGAGCAGAGAGCUUACGAUGAACUCUUGGACAAAACAAACACGGAUCGGGCUAUUCUUGAGGGUCAGCUGCAAGCGAGUCAACAGCGCAUCGAUACAUUGUGUAGCCAAGUAGAGACACUUACACAAGAGAUAAAAACCGCCACAGAGGAGAGUUUUAAGCGCAUUGAAAUAUUCAAAUUGGAGGAAGAAAAAUGCGGAAAACAAGAGCUGGAAUUGGGUAACUUAUCACGAAAGCUUGCGGCUCUGAUGGCAAAAUGCACUGGAUUAGAGAGUGAGAAUGAGCAACUUCAAAAAGAUUUGGCGACCUUACGUGACGCAUCGACUGACUCAAGUGCAGUUAUUACCAAACUUUCAGAGGAGCUCACGCAGAAAAAUAAACUCCUACAGGACUCUACAGAUAAGUCAACCGCUGACCGUUUGAAACUCGACAACCAAUUGCAAGAUUUAGAACAGCGCCUUCAGUCUAAUCUGCACGACUCGAAUGUGUUACGAAGCGAGUUAGAAGCGAAAUCUGUACAAGCUAAAGAGUUUGAAACUCUAAAACUAGCCCUGCAAACUCAAUCAUCAAGCCAGUUAAAUGUUAUAAAAGAGAAAGAAGCGGCAGAGCGGAAGAUUAUAGAAAAUUUCGAGGCACAGCUUAAAAGCGCAGAGCAAACGAAAGGUCGAUUGGAUGAAGCGAUCUCCAGUUUGCAGCAGCAGAUUAAACUUUUGCAGGAUGAAUUGCUUAAAUCUCAGCUGGAUUUCAAAUCAAAAGAGGAAGAACUGGACAAGCAAAUAACAAGCCUGACCAGUGAGGCUGAAAAGCUGCGAGAGAGGUUGGAGCAAGCACAGAUAGAGGGUUCGAGCACACUUAACAUUGAACAGCUGCAAAAAGCAGAACUACAAAAAAAGAUUGAUAGUCUGCAAUCAGAGCUGAAAACGACGGUAAACCAACUGUUGACAAGUCGCGGCGAAGCUGAACAGUUGAAAUUGGCACAAUUAAACGCGCUCGAAGAUACCAUAAAGCUUCAGUGUCAGCUGAAGGUCGUGCAAAAUGCACUAGACCUUGCGAAUACAGAAAAGGAAUUUAGAACGAAAAUCGCAGAAGAGGACAAAAUCAAAAUGGAAGAAUUGCGCAAUAUGGUUGAAGUAGUGCAGGCGGCCAAUGCGAAUAUUUCAGCGACCAAUGCAGAGAUGUCGGAGGCACUGCGAGUAUUGGAACAAGAAAAAUGUGAAACAGCCAACAUCUUCGAACUCUUCGAAAUGGAGUCCGAUCAAAAUUUGGAAAAUCUGAGCGAAAAGCUCAUCGACAUUAAACAAAAACUGGCGGAUGCGCAGACCCAACUUCAACUACAAUCGACCGCUAUAACCGAAAAGCAAAUGGAGUUUGAAAGUGUUACUGCGAAAUUGGAAGCAUCACAAGCGGCUUUAGUUAGUGUACAAGCCACACUAUUAGAUCGAGACACUAAAAUCAAUGAACUGAGUACGGCAUACGAUAAUUUACAGACAACUGUUAAAGGAAAAGAACAACAACUGCAAGAGCAUACAGAAUUACAAAACCUACUUGUUGAAUAUAAAAAAGUUAUCGAUGAAAUGGAUGAAGCCGCCUCGGCGAAGGGCACAGAACUGCACCAUUUACAAGAACGCAUUAAAUCUUUAGAACAGGAGAACUUGCGUAAUAUGGAAGCUCAAAAAACGUUGAAGAUGGAAAACAGUAAUCUACAACGCCAACUUGAAGUUCUUGAGUUGGAAAAAACGCGCGAAAUAAUUGCAUUGCAAAGUCGUAUAAAUGAGGUGCAUGCGAUUAACACUCAGAGGCAAAAUAAUUUAGCUGCUGGCGUUCCUAAAGAGGGAGAAGAAACAGAAGACAAUACAGCACAAAUAAACUUCCUAAACUCCAUAAUUGCCGAUAUGCAAAAGAAGAAUGACACAUUAAAGGCCAAAAUCGAGGCGCUCGAGACUCUACCCACGGAUUACACUCAGCCUAAAGCGUUUGAGCUGAUCGCAAAACGGAAGCCAGCUCCACGCGUUUUUUGUGAUAUUUGCGAUGAAUUCGACAAACACGAAACCGAAGAUUGUCCACUUCAAGCAUCCGACGUCCGCGACUACUCACCUCCACCGCUCAAUGACCCCGCGAAGAAAGCGGACCGGAAAUUGCCAGAGCCACGAAAAUACUGUGAAACAUGUGAAGUUUUUGGCCACGAAACGGGCGAGUGCGAAGAUGAUGAGUGGUAAAUAAACUCGAUCUAUGAAACCCACGUCAAGAAUACGCUUUCAACCUCAUGAUAUUGAACUUUUCGAGUUUUCCAGAUAUUAUUUUUAAAUAAAUAAUUUAAUUACAACACAUUCUGCGUUUGUGAUAAUCAGCGGAAAAUGCGGAAAUUUGCAACAUUCAGUUACUACAACACUAUUGAAGAAAUAUUAUAGAAAUUAAUCCAUGUUGGUUCUUGCUUACUUUGUAAUAUGUAAUAUGUAUUAUUUUUUACGAAGAACUGCAAACGAUUCUGGCAUUCUUCGUACAACUAUUAUUAGAAUAAAAUUACUUUAAACGAAUUUGUUUAUUGUAUGUAGUAAUUAGAGCUAACUUACGCGCUUUAGUUAUAUUGCUUAGGAGAAAUGCAAUAAAUUGUUAACUAACAAUUUUAUUGUGGUUUAUUUUCUAAAUAUACAACUGAAUUAGAUAGCGAAUAAAUUUAUAAUGUACAAUAAAAUCUGUUUAUUGA